CGCCAAACAAACAUUGCAAGGGAAGAAGUGAGGAAGUCACGCACCGCUGGUAAGCUCGAUGUAGGUAGGUGAGGCCCGCCGGUAGGUAUUCUGUAUCCUGGGAGGUGAUGUGAGAAUGGGUGUUAGCCCGCUUGGGCGUAGCGCCCGCCUGCUGCGGUGAUGGUAUGUACCUAUGCAGCAAAGGAUGAUGUUUCAAGGUUGGUUGAAUCGAUGUGCAGGAAACUCGACCGUGCAGGAUUGGGUGAUGGCGGGUUUUGGAAGAAGAGGUGGACGGGUGGUGCUGCUGCUGCUGUUCAUUCACACGUGCAAACUGCGAUGGCGCCAAGAGAUUGCUACAAACAUCAACGGUAUCCAAGGUUACGUAAUUCGCUCUCUCUCUUUCUCGGUUUGCAUGCUCCUCGAUGUUCACGGAGAUUGACAAUGGUACCAAUAAAUACCUAGGUAUGUAGAUACAUACGGACGCUUUUGCAGACGUACGGUACCUGUAUAGGCAGGUACUUGGUUUGGGAACUUGGAUAUUUGUACAUUCAGCUGCCCAAGCGCUCUUUGGUGCGCAAUAAUGGAUAACUCCAGUAUGUAGGUAGUCGUUGCUAUUAGUCUCGCUGUACUCCGCGACUGGUUGCCUACAU